UAUUGGAAUAUGUGGGACCUAAAUGGAGGACUUUCGUCGCUAACAUGUCAAUUGCUAUUUUCUUCACAUUUGCCGCCUCCAUUCUGCCCUGGAUCGCCCUGUGGGUGGCCGACUGGAAGAUGCUUUGCUACGUCACCAGCGCGCCACUUGCCUUAGCGAUUUUAACCCCCUGGAUCGUCCCAGAAUCCGCCAGAUGGCUGGUGUCGCAAGGACAGUUCGACAAGAGCAUCGGAAUUCUGAGGAAAUUCGCCAGGAUCAACAAAAGAACUGUUGAUGACAAAACAUAUGAUCGAUUCAAGGACACUUGUGUGAGGAUUCAGCAGGAGGAAGAGUGCGGCAAAAACUACACCGUUCUUGAUCUAUUCAAGACGCCCCGUUUGAGAAAAAUCACCAUCAUCCUGAUCCUGCUCUGGAUGGCCAUCUCGCUGGUGUUUGACGGCCACGUCCGAAACGUCGGCACCCUGGGCCUGGAUAUUUUCCUCACCUUUACCAUCGCCAGCGCCACUGAGUUUCCAGCGGACACGUUCCUAACGUUUGUUCUGGAUGUGUGGGGGCGACGAUGGUUGGCGUGCGGGUCCAUGGUGGUCAGCGGAAUUUUCAGCCUUUUGGCCACCGUCGUGCCUUUAGGAGUGCCAUCGGCUACUUUAGCAAUCAUGGGCAGAUUUGCCAUCAAUAUUUCCUACAACAUUGGUCUGCAAUAUGCUGCCGAAUUGCUGCCUACAGUGGUGCGCGCCCAGGGCGUGGCUCUCAUUCACAUCAUGGGUUAUGUGGCCAGCAUAGUCGCUCCUUUCGUCGUCUAUUUGGCUCACAUUGACAUCUCGCUGCCUCUUCUAAUUUUGGGAGUUUUGGGCAUAACCGGCGGCAUUUUAGCUCUAUUCCUGCCGGAAACCUUAGACCAGGAGCUGCCUCAGACCCUACAAGACGGCGAAAACUUCGGCAUGGAUCAGAAAAUCUGGGACUUUCCAUGCAUCAAAAAGUCUGAACCAGAGAAGCCGGCCUUUGAAAGGUCAAGUUCCACAAGGCCCUCGAUCAGAGCCUCGUUUAGGGGCGAGAUCAGAUCGAGCAUGCUCAACCGGGGCUCGGUGAGAUCCAGAAAAUCCGUUUGUGUACCUGAACACCUGGGAGUGUAACCGGCCUCAGAACACGUUCUGAGCCAUUUGCUCCUAAUGGGGACUGAUUCGCGUCCCCUUGAAAGCUGUGAUUUUUUUUCGGUGCGUAAUUUGCGUAGUUUUUUGCGGCAGUGGAGCGAGUUCCUCGCUCUAUUCGCACUUGUCCUUGCUAGUUUUUAAAAGACAUAUCGAGUCCUAAGAGAGUAUUUAUAUUAUUUAAAUAGCUAUAGGAAGGUUCUGUUUCUGGUGGCUUAGAGCGUGAUGGGGCCAAUACCAUACACAGUGGUGGGAUUAAUCGAUCGAUAAAUUGAUUGCAUAAUCUCCAAUUUUUCUCAUCACUAAUGCAUUCAUACCCCCUAGUCCAAGCGCUGAUGUAAUGUUGCCCCGCAGAGUACAGGGUGUCCGAAUAAUAAAUUCAUAGGCUGAGUUUGGGAAAUUCUAUAAAAAGUACAUGGAUUAAUACAACAGGAAAUUUCUGAAUAUAUAUAUAACCCAAAAUGCUAACUUUUGGUGGUGAUGGUUUUGCAAAAACUUUCAGGUUCCAUUUUCAUUCGGACACCCGGUACACUUUCAAGUGUCUGACUUGGCACUAUUUGAAUGGUAUACGGUGGGGUAGCAAAAAGUGACCAGAAUUGUUUCAAACAGGCCACCUUCCAUAAUGUAUUUUUUGUUUAUAUUAUCAAUUGUUUUUAUGUAAUUUAGGUUUCUGGAGGCUAAACUUCAAAAGUGUUCGUAAUUUAUCCAUUACUAGGGACAAUCUUACUUUUUAUUUACAUGAUUAAUAAAAUAUAUUUUUUUUUACAAAA